ACUUUUCCCAAUGCAACGCUACCUAGGUAGCCAGGCAGAUGAAUGAUAAAAUAUUCUUACUUAUUUUGUAAUGUGUCACAAAACAGACCGGUAGCAAAGUGUUGUCACUUGCCUGUUUUGUCGUUGUUCGUGUGACAUCUAGCUAAGGUUAGCUAGCUAGCGCAAGACUGCUGCAUCUAGCUACCUAACGUGAUAGUUUGUUAAGUAACUGCAAUCUAUGCUAGUUCAAAGUUGCUGACUAUAAAGCUAACUAGCUGGCUAUAAUAUGCAUUUUGUUGUCCUGGUUAUCAUAAAUCUUAUUUUUGUUCACCAUUGCUAUAGCGAGCUAACUAACGUUAGAUCUCUAAUAAUUGUAACGAAUGUUGUUUGCUGGUAGCUGUUAAAGGGGGCUAGACACUAGAAAGGAGAACUCACCAACAAGCUGUCUGCUCUGCUCCUCUAUGUCACUUCAUAAAAAAUACAAUUUUAUUAGUUGAAUCAGGUGUGUUGUUGUAGUGCUGGUUUGGAACAAACGCCUGCACACUUUAGUUAUGUGGUCACCAGGUACUGACCUCUUUUGUAAUGUCAUUUAUUAAUCAGCUGAUGGCUCACAUUUUUUUUUCCUAAUCAUUUGGCCUAACCUAAUCACUUCUCUAUCAGGCUACAGUACGGUGUGAGGACACACGAGGGUUUGUCAACAAGUAUUGCUGUCCUGUAUUGAAUAGGUAUUUCAAUCAGGAUUAGGCUACCACUUGGAUAAGCCCUUGCCAACAUGUCCAAGCAUUGAAAGUUACUGUUCCCAGUGUGAGAGAGCGUCCCCAACCACUAACACCCCCAUGUGUAUCAUCUUCUUCAAGUUUGACCCUCGACCUGCAUCCAAAAAUGCCUACAGGCUAAUUUUGGCUGCAAACAGAGAUGAGUUUUACAACAGGCCAACCAAAGCUGCAGACUUUUGGGUGAGCAACAGCGAAAUCCUCAGCGGGCUAGACCUGGAGGAGGGGAAGGAAGGCGGGUCAUGGCUGGGGAUCAACAAGAGGGGCAAGCUGGCCGCACUGACCAAUUACCUGGAGGGAAGGCCCAAUCCAGACGCACAAGGAAGAGGGUUCUUGGUGUCUAACUUCCUGACGGAUCAUAGCCAGGACAGCUAUUCCUACCUGAAGAGUGUGUCAUCUGAGAGACAUCUCUACAACGGCUUCAACCUCCUCACAGCUGAGUUCAAGGCCAAAGAAGACACUAUGUGUUACUAUGGAAACAGAGGCAACACCAAACCCAUCCAUCUAAAUCCAGCAGGAAUCUAUGGUUUGAGUAACUCCCUGUUGGAGACCCCAUGGAGGAAGCUGCAGCAUGGGAAGAGACUGUUCACCAGUGUAGUGAACCAACCCUUGCCCUGUGAGGUUCUGGUCCAGGACCUGCUCAACAUCCUCAACAACGAGGAGCUGAACACUCCUGACCCGGCUCAGGAGAGCCAGGGUGAAGGUUACAGCAGCCCCAUGCUGAGGGUCCUGUCCUCCGUGUGUGUUCGAUCCCCGCAUUAUGGCACAAGGACCAAUACCAUUAUCCUCAUAGACUCAUCAGGGAACGUGACCUUCACAGAGCGCACCAUGCUCAACUGUGACAUCAGCCAAUGGAGCACAAGCUCUUUCCAGUUCAAACUCAAGGACUGAUGGCUUUGUGGGAAUUACACUGUGCCUUUCUGCAUCCCUCCUCCUAUCCAUCCUCCCACAGCAAGUUCUGGCUACACCGUAGUGGAAUGAACAUUUUCCUUUUUCCACUUAAAAUGGUGGUGGGAGAGCUUGAAAUUAUGGCACUUGUUUGGAAAGAGUUUGAUUUGCAUUUGUCAAGUAAUUGCCUUUGGGAAAUAUAUUUUAGCUUGGCUUAGACAUAUAAAUGUGGGAAUUUAUUAAAUCAUAUAUUAUGGGUGUUAUUUCAUCUUAAAUUAUAUCAAAGAACUUGCUGUUGUCAUUAAAAGAUUUUGAAUUGUGUGCUUAAGUGGUUUUAUUGCCAAAGAACAAAUUUAAUUUAACAAACUAAAAGACAUUUUUUACAUUUCACAUUGCAUCUAUUUACUCAGCACUCGAUUGCUGAGAAAGACGAGAACUAAAAGGUUGAAAAGUAAUUUCUAGCUUCGUGCCUCAGACUGCCAUCUUCUAGGUGAGUUGGUUUGCAUCUCAAGAGUGUAAAAUGGUAACACUCAUAGAAGCAGCACCAGCCAUCACCUAUGUAUAAAAAGCUGUACAAAUAAUGACAGGUUUGAUUUCCUAAAUGUUCAUCUCAGGUGUUAUAACUUUCCUGUGACAUAAUUAUGAAGGUGUAUUACGACAGCCUGCCUUGUACUAUAAUAAUUAUCAUUGCACUGGAUUUUGACUUUGUGAUCCAGGUUUGCUAGUUACAAGUAAAACACAGAGGAAAGGACUUUAAAUGUUUUUUCUAAAUUUUAAGCAGUGUUUUUCUUUUUAUAUUUUCUGCCUUGUUCCACAUACUGCAUAGGAGAACAGGUUGCCUUGCUGUGAAAUAACUGAAAGAAUUCAUUUUGUCACUCACACCUUCAGUGUUCUGUGGUUCUUACCCACUUUUUCUCUAUGUAUAACAGUCCGUUACUCUCACAAAUUGUAAUGACAGUUUCAAGUUUUGUGUGUUGAUGUGUAGCAUCGAGGAUACCAGUGUUUUUUUGUAACUGACCUCAGGUAUCCAUAGAAGUAUAGAAACCCCUGUUUACCAUGUCACUGUUGUCUUGAAAUCAUUUGUGAAUAAAGUACUUUUUCAUCUGUA